AUGCCGUACGCACCCAAAGUGGGCGACUCGCUCGACUCGCUCGACACGCCGUCGAUGAUUGUGGACCUCGACCUCAUGGAAGCCAACCUGCACAAACUCGUCUCGCUACUGCUGCCGACGGGCGUGUCGAUACGCCCGCAUCUCAAGACGAGCAAGUCGGCCAUUGUAGCGCAGAAGAUGGUCGACGCAGGUACCAAAGGCGGGUGCGUGGCCAAGCUUUCCGAGGCUGAAGCCAUGUGCGCCAAAGGCUUCACCGAUAUCCUCAUCACGUGCGAGGUUGUGGGCGCCGUCAAAGUGAAGAGGCUUGCUGAGCUGCUCGAGAAGCACAGGGAUGUUCGCAUCGUCGUCGACAGCGAGGCUGGCGCCGCGGCUAUCGAUGCUGCACUGGCUGAGCGCGGCUUCGAAGGCAGGGCAUUGACGCUGAUCGAUCUGGAUGUCGGAACCCAUCGCACCGGUGUGCAGCCUGGUGCUCCGGCCUGCGAGCUCGCUGCUUUCGUGGCAAAGUCGCGCCAUCUGCAGUUGAUGGGCGUCCAGGGAUAUGAGGGCCACGUGCAGCACAUGCAUGGGCUGGAGAAGCGCAAGGAAAAGUGUCUGGAGAGCAUGCACAUUCUAGUCGAAACGGCCGAGCUGCUGCGAAAAGACGGACAUAAAAUCGACGUUGUCACCACGGGCGGCACUGGCACCGCAGAGUUCUGCGCCAGUGUACCCGGUGUCACGGAGGUCCAGCCGGGCUCCUUUCUCUUCAUGGACACCGACUACCGGAAUGCUGUGGGAUCGGAGGAUUAUGCGCAGAGCUUGACGAUUCUGUCCACGGUCCUGAGCAAGCAGGGUCCGAUUGUCGUUACUAUUGAUGCGGGGCUCAAGAGUUUGACGACGGAUUCGGGGCUGUCCGAGUGCAAGACAAAGGGGUAUGAGUACAGGGUUAUGGGCGAUGAGCACGGAAGCCUGAGGUGGGAGGAGGGCAAGGUGCCCGAGUUGAAGAUAGGGGAUAGGGUCGAAAUGAUGCCCAGCCAUAUUGACCCAACCGUCAACUUGCACGACGUGUAUUAUGCGCACCGCAAAGGUGUGAUUGAGGAGAUUUGGCCUGUAGACAGCCGGGGACGCGUGCAAUAG